AUGGCAAAUAAUCUACGAGUAGCCGCAUGUCACAUCUCCCCAAUCUUCCUCAACGCACGCGCAACCACCGAUAAAGCACUCUCCUUCAUCAACCGCGCCGCAACGCGCAAAGCAAACCUCAUUGUCUUCCCAGAAACAUUCAUCUCCGCAUUCCCAAUAUGGAGUUCUGUCCGCCCGCCAGCCGAGAACCACGACUUGUUCCAGUGUAUGGUCAAAGAAUCUGUCUACGCUGAUGGCGAAGAGCUCGCCGCCGUCCGCGAAACAGCGCGCUCAACCGGCUGUGUUGUGAGUAUUGGAUUCAGCGAGAGGUCGCGGCACAGUAAUGCGUGUUUGUACAAUUCGAAUCUCAUAAUCGGGGCCGAUGGCGAAGUACUUGUUCACCAUCGCAAACUCGUACCAACAUUCUUUGAAAAAUUGACGUGGAGUCCCGGUGACGGACAUGGGCUCAAGGUUGCAGACACGAAGUUCGGGCGCAUAGGCGCGCUGAUUUGUGGCGAGAAUACGAAUCCGCUGGCGAGGUAUGCGUUGAUGGCACAGGCGGAACAAGUGCAUAUCUCCUCCUGGCCUGCGAUAUGGCCCACACGAACGAUGCAGAAGAAGAAAGAGGAUGAUGAUGGGAGUGCGGCGACGCCGAGCCCUGCGAACUAUGAUAAUCUUGCUGCGAAUCGCACGCGUGCGGCGGCGCAUUGCUUCGAGGCGAAGUGCUUCGGAAUCGCAUGCUCUGGACACUUGGGUGAAGAUGCGAUCAAGGCAGUCACGCAGAGUGCAAGUCAGCCGGAUGUUGUGGCCGAGACGCUGCGGGCGAUGCCUCGCGCUGCGACGUUCUUUUUGGAUCCGACGGGUGCUGCGCUGCCGAGCUUUGCCUACGAUGAUGGCAGCGAUGAGGCGCGGUCCACGUCACAUUUACAGAAUGAAGAAGGGAUUUUGUAUGCUGAUAUGGAUCUCGACGCAUGUAUUGAAGGAAAGCAGUAUCACGAUGUUGUGGGCGGGUACCAACGACUCGACGUCUUUGAUCUGAAGGUCGAUCGGUCGAGGAAGGAUCCAGUGCGCUUCACAGUCGUCGAGUAA